GCCGCGGCCCAUCCAGCACCGUAUUGAGAUAGAGCCUGGCAGUAGAACUCCUAAGGGUGCUGUAUAUAGGAUGUCCCCGCGGGAGUUAGAGGAGCUACGGAAGCAAUUGGACGAGCUCCUCGAAAAGGGUUGGAUUAGGCCCAGUUCGUCUCCUUUUGGAGCCCCUGUUCUCUUUGCACCUAAGAAAGAGGGAGAGUUGAGGAUGUGUAUAGACUAUAGGGGUCUGAAUGCUAUUACAGUAAAGAAUGAUGAGCCACUGCCUAAGAUAGACGAUCUCUUAGAUCGAGUGCAAGGGGCCAAGUACUUCUCUAAGAUAGACUUAAAGUCCGGAUACCAUCAGAUAGAGGUACAUCCUGAUGAUCAGUACAAGACAGCCUUCUGGACUAGGUACGGGCACUAUGAGUUUAUAGUGAUGCCCUUUGGACUAACCAAUGCGCCAGCUACGUUCCAGCGUUGUAUGAACGAUUUGUUUAGACCAUGGUUAGAUAGAUUUGUUGUAGUGUACCUAGAUGACAUUCUAGUGUUUAGUAAGACCCUCCACGAGCAUCAGGGUCAUCUCAGGCAGGUCUUGGAGAAGCUGAGAGAAGCUAACUUCAAGAUCAAUGCGAAGAAGUGCGAUUGGGCGAAGACCCAAGUUUUGUAUCUAGGCCACGUCUUAGACGGAGACGGCGUUAAGCCAAAAGAUAGCAAGAUCGCAGCGAUCAGAGAUUGGCCCAUGCCACGUACGCUGACAGAGUUGCGCUCGUUCCUGGGCUUAGCAAAUUACUACAGGAAGUUCGUGAGAAACUUCUCCACCAUCGCUGCGCCCCUUCGCAGAUUGCUAAGAAAAGAGACAAUCUGGAAGUGGGACAAGGACUGCACGUCUGCCAUGAAGAAGCUAAAGCAGGCGUUGAUAGAGUACCCGGUCCUUAAGGUCGCCAAUCCGUCCUUGCCUUUUGUCGUUAUUACGGAUGCUAGCCAGUACGGCAUAGGCGCAGUGUUACAGCAAGACGAUGGCAAUGGCUAUAGACCCGUAGAGUUCAUGUCCGCUAGAUUGCCUUUAGAGAAGGUCGCGACAUCUACCUACGAGAGGGAACUCUACGCUCUCAGGCAAGCCUUAGACCACUGGAAGCACUACUUGCUUGGGAGGCACUUCAAAGUCUAUUCGGACCAUGAAACGUUACGAUGGUUAAAGACGCAGGCCAAGAUGACAUCUAAGCUUACUAGGUGGGCCGCAGAGAUAGAUCAGUACGACUUUGAGCUCAAGCCUGUCAAAGGGAAGUACAACGUAGUCGCGGAUGCUCUGAGUAGAAGAGCUGAUUAUUUUGGGGCAAUAGUACAUUACCUCGAUAUAGGAAAGGAUCUGCAGCAGCAGGUUAGAGAAGCCUACGCGCAGGACCUAUCUAUGGUAACUGCUGCCGCGAACUAACAAGCUGGCGUGCCCCUCUGUGCUGCAUGUCGCUGGCGAAGGAACCAGCUAUGGCACCCAGCCUUGGGCACCGGCCCCGAUUAUAAUAAAAUUCCAAGGCGUUU